AGGUAAACCAAUACACACUGCAUCUCGCAAACCCACACACACUCUCCAAACCAUACCAUGUCAUUCAGAAACACCUCCAGGAGUUUCUCCAGCUCCAGUCUGACGGGUGGAAUUGGUUCCAGGGGCAAUUUAUUCGGAGGCAUUUCUGCAUCCACUAUAGGGAAUCUGGCAAAUACUCUGCGUCCGCAACUGCAGAUCAACAGCAAUGCUUUCGCCCCGGCUGAUGACAAAGAGACCAUGAAGGGUCUGAAUGACCGUCUGGCCGGGUAUUUGUCAAAAGUGCGGCUCCUGGAGGAGUCCAACAAUAAACUGGAAGAGCAAAUCAAAGAGGCUCUGCUGAGGAAAGGAGCCGAUAGCGGCAGAGACUGGAGCGCCUAUGAGAAGACCAUCGCUGAUCUGAGAAACCAGAUCCAGGAAAUGACUAUGGACAAUGCCAGGCUGUUUCUACAGAUAGACAAUGCAAGGCUGGCUGCUGACGACUUCAAAGUCAAGUUUGAGUCGGAGCAGGCCAUGCGGCAAGGGGUGGAGCAGGAUUUGGCGCGUCUCCGCAAGAUGCUGGACGACACUUACAUGGGCCGCAUGCAGCUGGAGGGCCAGAUCGAGUCUAUGAGAGAAGAGCUGGCCUUCCUGAAGAAGAGCCACGAGGAGGAUGUGGCCAACCUGAUGAGCCAGAUCAACGACUCUCAAGUCAAUGUGCAGAUGGAGAACAAAAACACUGCAGAUCUCAAUGAUACCAUUAAUAAUAUUCGCCAGCAGUAUGAGCGAGCCGCCCAGAAGAGCCGUGAGGACACCGAAGCCUGGUAUAAAAACAAAUUUGACAACAUCACGGCUGAAGUGACUCAGAACACAGAAGCUCUGCAAGCAGGAAAGUCAGAGCUGAACGAACUACGCAGGCAGAAACAAUCUCUAGAAAUUGACCUGCAGGCUCUGCACAACAUGAUUCGAUCGCUGGAGAAUUCUCUGCAUGAAACGGAGGUGCGUUACGGUCAGGAGGUGAGUGGACACAACUCUCGAAUCAUGCAGCUGGAGGCCGAGCUGGGACAGCUGAGAGCGCAGGUAGAGCAGCAGGCGGCUGAUUACGAGGCCCUGCUCAACCUCAAGACCAAACUGGAAGCAGAGAUAGACACCUAUCAUCGUCUCCUGGAGGGAGUGGUUGACGACAAGGGGGAUAAAACCAGAGAGGAAUUUUCUUUAGAGCAGGCCUUGUAUGCAGCUCCUCCUCCUCCUCUUCCUACAACCGUAGGUCUUAAGAAAGCCAUCAUCAUCACCCAAGAAAUAGUGGACGGAGAGGUGGUCUCUCAGAGCGAACUGGAGCAGAAUCCUGCAAACCACAUCGAGCAGGACGUCUUUGAGGAUGAAGAGGAGAUAACAGAACAACUGGAGUUAGCGGAGGAAGACGAAGAGUUAACAAAACAUCAGGAACCAGAGGUGCUGCUGGAGGUAGAGGAGACAGUAAUAGUGGAGGUAGUGGAGAAAGAGAAAGCACCUGUUGAAGAUGAUGAAGAAAAAGCAGAAGAAGUUUCUCACGAUGCUGUAGUGGAGGAGGAGGAUGAGUAGCUUUCGACUGCUUUGUCGUAAAUCUUGCUGCCUCAGUUGUUCUUCAUCUCAGUCUUCUGUUCCUUCAUUCUGUUCAGGAUUUCGUUAUGGAGAGCAAAUCUAUCUCCAGUUCCACAUUAAAGAAUUACGAGCCUCA